AUGGAACAAUUGAAACGAAGACUGAAGAAAAUGACCGGAAAGUCUGCGAGGAUUGAGAAUGCUCCUCCUCUAUCACCUCCGAGGUUCAAAUCAAAAAAGAUAGCCAAAUUGAGUACCUGCGAGCGACCUGCCCCACUAGGAGAGCGCAAGCGCCCCUUGACACCUCCAAGUGCGCCGGGCGCCCUUUCCCACCAAGAGCAGUCACUAUUUUUCAGCAAGCUUCCGAUUGAUAUUCGGCUAAUGAUCUACGACUCUGUGUUGACGAUAGAGUACUUCAUAUUGCAAGUUCUUGGCGACGACUCUUCUCUCGCAGAUGUCAUGGAACCAACACGGACCCACGAGGCUGGCGUCAUAGAUGCUGGAGCUCGAUGGGCGUACAAGCAGAAGAUGGUACAACAGUGGACUGGUCCGAGGAUGGGACUAAGCCUCCAAGACCUUCUUUCUUUGGGUUACUUCGUUCUUGCCGACGCAUGUGAGAAACCUCAUUUUUUUGAAAAGACUACCUAG